AUGAGCGAAACUCCUUCCACUAGUUUUUCCAUGAUUCAUCGUUCUUCUGAAGGUCAUGUUCCUUCCCUUCGCAAUAUGAGAGUCACUCAUCCCGUUGUGGCCAAAAGGAUCAGCUUCUACAAGAGCGGAGACCCGCAAUUUGGAGGGGUCAGGGUGGUGGUUAACCCUCGUUCCUUUAAGACAUUUGAUGCUCUGCUGGAUAAUUUGUCAAGGAAGGUUCCUCUACCUUUUGGGGUGAGGAAUAUCAGCACCCCUCGGGGAAGACACAGCAUCACGCGCUUGGAGGAGCUGGAGGACGGUGAGUCGUACCUGUGCUCCCACGGCAGGAAGGUACAGCCGGUGGACCUGGACAAGGCCCGUCAGCGCCCGAGGCCCUGGCACAGCAGCCGGGCCAUUAGUGCACACGCGCACCGCAUCCCCGUGGCCGCUGCUCCCGGCAUGCUGUGCGCCCCGCGGAGGCUUGUGGUUUUCAGGAAUGGCGACCCAAAGGCAAGGAGCGUGGUCCUUCUGAGCAGGAGAGUCACCCAGAGUUUUGAGGCCUUUCUGCAGCACCUGACAGAGGUCAUGCAGUUCCGCGUGACCAAGCUGUAUGCCACAGACGGGAGGAAGGUUCCCAGUCUCCAAGCUGUGAUUCUGAGCUCUGGAGCUGUGGUGGCAGCAGGAAGGGAGCCAUUUAAACCAGGAAAUUAUGACAUCCAAAAGUACUCGCUUCCUACUAGAUUACCAGGGAUCUCUCGUCGCGUGUACUCCAAGGGAAAUACUAGGACAGAAAGCAGAAAGAUGAGCACACAUGUGCCUUCAAGCCCAAGGUCUCAGAUUUAUUCUGCUUCUUCUGACAAAAUGCAUACUAAUGAUUGCUCCUCAGACCAUUCUUUUGCUCCUGAAAAUUACUUGGCCUUAGAAAAAAAGGAUUCUCAGAAUUUAUUGAUAUAUCCUUCAGAAGAUGAUAUUGAGAAAUCAAUUAUUUUUAAUCAAGAUGGUACCAUGACAGUUGAGAUGAAAGUUCGAUUCAAGAUAAAAGAAGAGGAAACCAUAAAAUGGACAACUAGUGUCAGUAGAGCUGCUCUUUCUAAUAAUGAUGAAAAGAGUGAGAUAAGCAGUUUUCCAGGAAGAACAGAUGAUCUGUCAUCUGGUUUAAAGAUUGCAGCAUGUUCAUUGUCUACAGAUGUCUCACCUCUGAAGAAAGAAAAUAAUCAAGAGGACAGUUUGGCAGAGGAGAUAAGCAUUCAAAUGACAGAACAAGAGGCUGAAACUUGUAGUUCUCCUGGUUGGGAGAAUGCUACUGUAGACACAGAUAUCAUCCAGGGAACUCAGGAUCAAGCAAAGCAUCAUUUUUAUAGGCCCCCUACACCUGGACCAAGGAGAGUGAGACAAAAGAAAUCUGUGAUAGGGAGUGUGACUUUAGUAUCUGAAACUAAAGUUCAAGAGAAAACGAUUGGACAGUUUUCCUAUAGUGAAGAAAGGGAAGAUGGGAAGAACAAAUCUGAGUAUCACAUGUUCACACAUUGUUGCAGUAAAAUGUCAUCAGUAUCUAAUAAACCAGUACUUGUUCAGAUAGAUAACAAUAAGCAGAUAGAGUCAGCUUUAGAAAGAAAAAAAGAAAGCAGGCAACUCAAGUCAAGUGCAGUAAGUGCUGGUGUUAUAGAAAUUACAAGUCAGAAGAUGUUAGAAAUGUCCCAUAAUAAUGGCUUGCCACAGACUACAUCAGAAAACUUAACUGUGGAAGAAGAUACAGUUGAUAGUACAACAUUGGACAACAAAACGAGAAUCAAGAACUUAAGAACUUACGGUAACACCAAUGAUAGGUUCUGUCCUAUUUUAGCAGAUGCAUCUCAUUAUUUAAGCAACAGCUCUGGAACUAACAAAACAAUUUCUGAGAUUCCAACUUCAGUAGGAUCCUCUACUAUUACCACAAGAAUUGAUGGACUAAUUAAUGAAUUUGCUCAAUGUGGUUUAACAAAACUUCCGGAAAAUGAAAAGCAGAUUUUGUCAUCUGUUGCCAGCAAAAAGAAGACGAAAUCUCGGCAGCAAGUGAUAAAUUAUAGACAUCAGGAUGUGGGAAUUGCAACUAAAGGAAUGCCCAGUAAGAGUAAGAGAAUAAACACAAGAGGUAGAAUUGCACGGGAAACCAUAUUGCAUGAUUCGCACAGUCCUGUUAAAGGAGAAUUACUUUGUGAGGAAGACUCAAGUGAUAUGGUAAUUGAAACAAAUUGUUUUUCUAAAAGUAAUUUCAAUCCUAUGAAUUCCAAGAAUUUUCAUAGGAAUACAUUAAAUUCUAUUCCAAAUCCUAAGGUUCAAGGACUUUUAGCUAAAAGAAAACCCAGACCACUAAACAAAGUAAGCUUAAGAGGUACUACAAAAAGAGAAAAUGGCCAAGGAGCUAAAGUAUUUCCCCAUAAUGAAUUCAGAUAUUGCAAAAAUACUUUUGAAAAUCAAAAUUUAUUUCAUAUGUUUAACUUUCUUGAGCAAAAUCCCAAUGCUUUUUGUGGACCACAGGCUCAAGCAGAAAUAACAUCUUGGUAUUUGAGAGGAAUGGCAAAGAAAAGUUUAGUUAAUAAUUCACACAUAACUUUAAAAAGCCAGAAAAAACAAAAAGGAGAUAGAUUGAAAUCAGGUACUACCGUAGGUAAACACCGUGAUACAACCAGGGCAAAUUCUUUAGCUUUUUUGAAAAAAACUGUUUUUCCUGAGGAUGUUACUCAUCAUUCAGUUCAAAAUUAUGUACAGCGAUGGUUGGAGAACAUAAAUCCACAUCCAACUUUACAUUCUAGAAGAUCAGCUCCAAUAUGCAAAAAGGAAACAAGUGUGGUAAAUGGUUUUCUGGGAAAUAAUUCCCGUACAAGUUCUGAAAAAGGAAAUAAUUUUGUCAUGGAAAGUAAUAAGCACGUAACUAAAAAUGCCAAUUUGACAGGAGAUAGGGUAGGUAAAAAAGUAGGUAAAUCUUUUGACAAAAAUAGCAGUGAAGAACUUAACAAAGAUCUUUAUGAGAACCAAGUUGAGUCUUUGAAUGAUGCUUACUUGCUUUCCCCACAUGAAUGUCGUACUUUGUCACAGUCGGCUAUUGAUAAUCAUAAUACUAAAAGUCAGGUAUCUGUUGAAAAAUCAGGACCAGAGAUAAGCCUUGUUUACCAAGAAAUAAACCUAGCUACAAAAGGGCAAAGUAUAGAGGCUGCCAUUCAAGUAGAUCCAAUGGAAGAGGCCACUCCAAAAGACCUAUUACCAGUUCUGUUGCUUCGCCAACUGCAAGCUUUAGUUCCCAGUAUUCACAAGACUCAGAAUGGUGUUCAAAUGCCAGGUUCACUUGUAGAUGUUUCUUUCCCUUCACCAAUAAAUAAUUCAUCUACUAGUGUCCUUCUAGCUUGGCUCCUGGUGCUAAAUCUAAGGGGAAGUGUGAAUAGCUUCUGUCAAGGUGAUUAUCACAAGACUACCAACAGGACUUCAGAAAUACUUGCAUUGUUGGAAGUUCUAAAGCACAUUGCCAUCACAGAGGAAGCUGAUGACUUGAAGGCUGCUGUUGCCAAUUUAGUGGAGUCAACUACCAAUCCCUUUGGACUCACUGAGAAAGAACAAGACAUGGUUCCAAUAGGUCUUUCUGCAAAUUGUUCCACACUCAACAUUCAGAGUGUUCCUAAGUGCAUUGAAAAUGAAAAAACACAGGAAAUCUCUUUAAAUGGAAGCAACUUUGCCAAUGAGGACUGUGAUCCUGAGGUCUUUGUUUCAAAGGUGACUUGCUCUCCAUGUGAGAUGUGCACUGUGAGUAAGAUUUAUCCUCCAAAAGAGUCUUGUAACCUUAGUGACAUUUUUUCCUCUAGUGAUGGCUAUACCAUGGAUCAGACCUCUAUGAAUAAGGCUUGUUUUCCAGGAGAGGGCUGUUCACUUACUGAGGCUGUGUCUUCCCAUAAGGCUUGUGCUCAUGAGGAAAACCAUACCUAUGAGACAGCUUGCCCAACUGAUGAGGCUUAUGUUCCCAUCAAAGUCUGCAAUACCAGUGAUUUUUUAAAUUCCAAAGAAAACACAUAUACUGAUAAUUUGGAAUUCACUGAUGAGUUAGAAAUUGCUGAAGUUCAGAAAGACCUAAAUAUUUUGGUAGACCCUGGGUAUAAAGAUGGCUUUAAUAUACUGGGGUCACACCAAAAUAGCAAUUUAAGUCACUGUGGCUUUUUCUUAAAUGAACCAGAAUUUGAUAAGGAACGUAGUUCUCUAGAUGGGUUUAAAAAUUGUUCAUUAAAGAAAUUUCAGGAUAAAAAUACAUAUACAUCCUUUGAUAAGGAGGAAUCAAAGACUUCUGAAGAACCAGGAUCAACCAACAGUGUGACAUCAAGUGAAAGAAACAUUUCAGAAUUGGAAUCUUUUGAAGAAUUAGAAAAGCAGGACAUUAAUUUCUUUCACAGAGAUGUAAAUGCAGGAGAGCAAGCCACUGAAGAAUUGAUCCAGAAAGAAUUAGAGGCUAGUCAAAAUUUGGCAUUAAUAGAACACUCUAGCAGGAACAUUACAGAAGAAAGAAAGAAUAGUGUAAUUUGUGAGACAACCAAUGGGAGGCUGACAGCACCACCAUCUUUAGUGUUUUGCUAUGAUUCUAAGAAAAAUAUUGAAAAGGAGCUCAACGAUGUAGAAACUAAAAUGAGAGUAAAAAUGAUGGUGAAAAGCAUGGAAAUUGGAAGUUGUUCAGAGUCCCCUCUUGAUUUUAAAAACUGCUUCAAAAGACCAGUGACUUCUGGUUGGUCAGACUAUAGACAAGACAGUAAGAAUGAUCAGCCAUGUAAAAUAUCCAGCGAUGGCCCCAAUGAUGGUAGGGAGGAGUUUACUCAAGAGAAAGAAUACAUUAAAGGACUUGUUAAAAGGACAAUAGAAAAACUUUAUGGAAAAGUGGAGAUUGUUAAACCAUCUUUUUUCCCUGGGUCUACACACAGAUCUCAGGUUUCUCCUUACAAUUCUAUGGACUUUCAAUGUGCUAGAAAAAUAAGUCUGUACGAUUCUGAAAGUCAGUCAUUUGUCUCUUCUGGAGGAGUAUCUAGUGGUUCAUCUGUUUUGCAGAAAUUUCAAGAGGAAAGACAAGAUAAAUGUGACUUUAAUGACGUAAGGGCCAAUUAUCAUGGGGGAAAUGUAGAACAUAAUACAAAACAAAAUGAUCAUAACAGAAUCCUCAGAGAUAUAGAAGAAGGAGUGCUGAUUGAUAAAGGCAAGUGGCUCCUGAAAGAAAAUCAUUUGCUAAGAGUAUCAACUCCUGAAAAUUCUGGCAUAUGUGGGAAUGGAGACACCACAUCAGUGGAUACUCUACUUGAUAAUAAUAGCAAUGAGGUACCAUAUUCACAUUUUGGAAAUUUGGCUCCAGGCCCAAACAUGGCCGAACUAUCCUCUUCAGAAUUGGAGGAACUGACUCAACCCCUUGAAUUGAAAUGCAAUUUCAAUUGUAGUGAUUCUCAUUGUAUUGAUUCUGAGCCUUUUCAUGAGGAUUUGUUAGAUGUUCAAAAUAAAACUUGUGCCAAGGAGGGAAUAUCAAAUCACCAUGCAGAGAAGGGUAAUCAUAGAUCAGAAAGAGUAUGUACUUCUGUUACUCAUGGCUUUACAACUGCUGCCAACAAAGUCCAUCCUGUCUCUGAUGAUACUAUUAAAAACCAGCCAUUGCCUGGAAAUAAUAAUAUUCAUGGUGCCCUUCAGGAAGGUGACUCUUUGGAUAAACUCUAUGCUAUUUGUGGUCAACAUUGUCCAAUAUUGGCAGUUACUAUACAACCUAUAAAUGAGGAAGACCGAGGAUUUGCAUAUUGUAAAGAUUCUGAUAUUGAAAAUUCCUUGGGCCUCCAUUUAUGGAAGAAAAUACACCCAUGUUUACUGCAGUCAAACAAAAACAUGUUCGGAGAUGAGAACAAUAAAGCAAGCAGUAAAAAGGCAUAUAUUGAUAAUGCAAUUGAUGAUAUAUUUGAUCGACUUUAUUUCAACACAUUUGACUUGAGUAAAAGAAGAAAAAUAAAAAGAAUUAAAUUCUUGGAGGAAAAAAAUAAUUUGAAGAAAUUUCAAUUUUAUUUAAAGAAAAGGUUUUGCGUGAAUUUCUUGCACCCAUCAUUAGUUCUGGGCGAUGUGAACUCAAAUACACAAGACCCCAGCAAUCAGACAAAUGAAAUCUUUGAAGUAGUUGAUGAGAAUAACAACUUAUUAAACAACAGAUUCCAGAGCUCCAGGAUAAAUCUCAACCAACCAAUAAGUGAAAAUAUUAACUAUUAUUUCUCUUUUGAAAUGCUUGGUCAAGCCUACCUAUUUGGCCAAGUUGAGACAUCCUUAAAUAUUAGCAAUAGAAGUGAUUUAAAAAUAUUUUAUAUUUUCGAAGAUGAGAAUCUUUUCAUUUGGGAAGAGGGAAAUGAAUUAAAUUUAACUUAUUUUGAGAGCAGAGAUGAGCAGGAAGAUUUAUAA